AUGCCGAACAUUCCAGGCACACUUUAUAUCCUCGGGGACGAUGGAUUGCCCAGAUUAGACCCUCAUGCUCGCUCAGCUCCAUCGGAAGUCGAGCCGAGUGUCUCCUUCAAAAGAUCUCGUGCACCAUCAACAUUGUCCUCCUGCACUUUGGUUAAUUCCCCAUCGUCAUCGCUAAGUCCAGUCUCAACACCCAUGACCUCCCCGGAUGACUCUGAUUUGGAAGUCGAAAUCAUCGAGGUACGCUCGUGUAAGCCAAGUGCACCCAAAAAGCGCAUCAGGUCUCAUGAAUUGGUACCAGCACUUCUAUCUGAUGUUGAGGGACUUGGGCCAACUCCAGUCACCGACCAAGUUCCUCGCCAACGUCGAUACGAUCCAGCACGACCUCAGUCCCGCGUACCCGAUUCUGAAAUUAUCGACAUCGACCUUAUCGAUGACGAAAGCCCUGGAGGAGCCAAUAACAUGGACGACUUUGAAGAUCGGCUUGAAAGACAAUACUUUCGUCGACCAGAGGCGCAAGGACCUCAGUCAUCUCGCAAUCGUAGACUCAACGUCUUACGCCCUCCCCAGCGAAACGCAGCCGUCGUCUUGCCCUUUGUUGAGAUCGAGAAACACAAACUGCGAAACAUGGAACUCAAGCCUGGAAAGACUAUUGAAUUCCUCGACGGCAGCUUUCUUAAAGUUGCCAAGGUUAUUCUGAACGUUGAAACCGACGAAGUGACUUUGCGGGGCUGGCUACUGAAGCGUUGCAAAGACCUGAACGGCCUUGUACCUAAAAAGCUCAAUGAGCUGUGCUACAUGUUGGAAGUAGACCACGACGAUCACCGAGGCGUGUGGGAGCAAAGUAUGGUCGAGAAAGGACUAUACGGCCUAAUCAGGAUUCGACAGCUCAUCUGUACCAAUUUUCCAAUGCCCCAACUUGGUUUCUCUCGUCUCCAUCUGCAAUUCGAUACCAAAGAGGAAAACAUGGCCUACGUCCGAGACUUUGAGCGCGUCGUUGUUCGGUGGAAAUUCGUCACGUUUUACGAUAAUGCUUUAGACCGCUCGAAAAAGUGGGAAAAGGUCUAUCCAUUCCAUGUCCGCAAGAGAUGCUUAGAGCGUCUUGCGGAGCCGGAAUGUACCCCGGGAUGCUUCAUGCGUCUUGCUGAGCUUCGAAAAGCCUGGCAAGGUGACACUGUUGUUCUUCGCGGCGCCGAUCCGCAGGUUUCCCAGCCCAAGGCCCGACCGGCUCCGAGAGGUGCCCAUCACCACAACUACGAGUGUCACGAAUGUGGUGACGGUUUCGAUACGGCCGAAGAUCUGUUCAGUCACUUUCAAAGACUCCAUGAGAGCAAAGUUCAGGAAAAGCCGAAGCCGCGAGCUUCUCGUCAACGUCGGCAUUCUAUCAUCGAGAUCUUGGACGAGGAUGAGGACGAGAAAUUGAAUGUUUCUCGGGAAGAGAUUGAGGAUAUCCGAGUGCGGCUACGCUCUGUUUUGAGUACAGACGAAGGCGCGAACGCUCCUGCAGCUAGUAGGACCGAACAUGGUAGAAGCUCGUAUACAUACGGCGAUGCUUUCUGUGGUGCCGGCGGAACAACGAGUGGUGCGGUGGCUGCCGGACUCCGCGUGAUCUGGGGACUCGAUCUCGAUAAGAAUGCCGGCCAAACGUGGCGACACAACUUCCCUCAGGCUACUCACUACGAGCUCUGGGUACACGAGCUGAUGGCCCUGCGCGAAGCGGAUGGCUUCCGGGUCGAUAUCUUGCAUAUGUCACCGCCGUGCCAGGUCUUCUCGCCGAUGCACGCCCGACCCGGCAAUAACGACCAGCAGAACUUCGACUCGCUAUUCGCGUGCGACGCUAUCGUCAAUAAGGCGCGUCCGCGCAUCAUCACGCUCGAGCAGACCUUUGGUAUCCUCCACCCCAAGUUCCAGGCCGCCUUCCACAGCCUGGUCCAGAUCUUCACGUCGUACGGCUACGCCGUCUCGUGGCAGCUGGUCCAGUUCCAGUACUACGGCCUAGCGCAGACGCGCCGUCGGCUCAUCAUAUUCGCCGCGUGCCCCGGCGAAACCCUCCCCCAAGUCCCAGCCUACACCCACUCGGAAGACGGCAGCAGAAGUAGCCGCAGCAGCAGCCGUUCCGACGGCCCGCUGCAGCCCCUGAACACCGUCGCCGCCGUCCUGCAGAGCAUCCCGCGCGGCGCGCCCAACCACGACGUGCACGCCGUCCGGGACAUGGGCAAAGGCCGCUGGGACGCGCGCACGACCAUCUCGACGCUGUGCUGCGAUGGCGGCACCAAGGGCUACCCGGACGGCAGCCGCGGCCUCACCCUGCGCGAGCUGGCGGCCCUGCAGUCCUUCCCGCACGAUCAUGCGUUCCGCGGCGCGUAUGUCAAGAAGCAGAUUGGGAAUGCGGUGCCGCCGCUCGUGGCGCGGGUUCUGUUUAUGGCUGUUGUGAGGCAUUUGGAGGAGAGGGAUCGGGCGGAGGGGAUACGGGGUGGGUUGGCGGUUGGGUAUUGA